UAAGAAGAACUAGGUCAAUAAGCGUGAGUACUCUCUUUUGUCUCUGGCAUAAAUAAUUUGUGCUGAUUUAAAUACGGUUUGAAAACAAACUAAAUUGUGACAAUUUUAAACAAUAUUGAUUCAUAAGUUUACUUAUGUCCGGUUUUAUUCUUUUUAAAAGAAUUUUAUGUUUGUAAAAAACAGACUAACGGGACAUCUCAAAGAUGGUGUAGUACGAAUAUUGUGUCGGGGGAUAACCUCGUCCGUAACAAUGUACAAAUGGUAUUUUGUCGCGAAUAACUUGUCUGUGUCAUUGUGCGAAUGGUAUUGUGUCGCAACAUAUCUCGUCAAUGGUUACGAAGCAGAUAAUGAUUUAUUUGACAUACUGCAUAUACUGGAUUAGAAAAAAUUUUUAAUUUGAGCAUUCUUGAAAGUAAACGUAUGGUCUACUGGAAGAAAUAAAUUUAAUAAUAACAUUACGAAACUGAUUUAAGAAGAUAAAGCAACAGGAUAAGAAACCAUUUCGAAAGAAUCAACAAUGUCGAGCAGUAUGUUGUUAAGCCUCUCGGAAACUUUAAAUACAUCCGAAGCUGCACUUCGUCUUCUUAUCUCCAUUUUUCUUGGAUUACCCAUCGCCCUUCUUCACAGAUAUACUUUGUACGGAAAAUGUCCAGUUUUUCAACAUAUAUUUUUUGCAACCUGUGGCGUUUUGAUUUGCUUGUGGAAUUAUGGGCUCAAUAUACUUCACUCAGCUGCAGCAAUGUAUGUCACAUAUCGCGUCUUAAAACGCCUUGGUGGUUCCUCUUUAUCUGUUGUCAUUAUUUUUGUCUUCAAUAUGGCUCAUCUUCUAUGCGGAUAUUAUAUGACAAGUACAGAUGAUUAUGACAUAAAAUGGACUAUGCCACAGUGUGUACUAACUCUGCGAUUAAUUGGUCUUGCGUUCAAUUUGCUGGACGGUCAAAAACCCGAGGAAAAAUUGUCUGCAUCGCAGAAACAAGUGGCCUUGAAAGAACAACCAACGUUUUUAGAGAUUGCAGCAUUUGCAUAUUUUCCAGGAUCGUUUCUCGUUGGGCCACAAUUUAGCAUGAAAAGGUACUUAGACUAUGUAAAUGGACGAUAUACGAUGGUCGAUACGAAUACUUUCUCUAUGAAAGAAGAAAUUGAACUUCUUGAUUGUAUCAUUCCUGGUAUUUCUCGAAUGUUUGUCGGAUUUAUAUACUUGAUAUUCUAUCAAUUAGGGACUUCAUACAUUCCCAAUCAAUAUCUAUUGAGUGCAGAAUUCCGAGAACAGACAUUCUUGAAACGUCUUUUUACGAUUGGCUUUUGGGGUCAUUUCAAUCUGUAUAAAUAUAUUUCUUGUUGGUUAUUAGCUGAAGGGGUUUGUACAACUUUUGGUCUAACUUAUAAUGGAAAGGAUGAGAAAGGUCGUCCUCUGUGGAAUGGUUGUGAAAAUGUUAAAUUGUUAAAAUUUGAAACAGCAACUCAAUUUAAUGAUUAUAUCUUAUCAUUUAAUAUAAACACUAAUAAUUGGUGUGCGGAAUAUAUUUAUAAGAGGUUGAAAUUUCUGGGAUCGAAAAUAUAUAGUCAAUUUUUCACCCUGGCUUUUCUCGCAGUUUGGCAUGGACUUCAUUCAGGAUACUAUGUAUGCUUCUUCCUCGAGUUUAUUAUCAUGUAUGCUGAAAAAGACUUAUCUCAAAUAUUGAAGAGACAACAGAAAUUACAAAGCUUACUAAACAGUCGUCCAGAACUUCAAAUUCUCACAUGGAUUCUUAUGCACAUGUACACAUUUAUUUUUAUGGGUUAUUGUCUUGUUUGUUUUACAUUUUUGUCAUACCCUCGUUAUCAUCAGGUUUACUUUUCUAUUUAUUAUUGUGGUCAUAUAAUAUAUCUCUCUUAUCCACUGAUUUCACUACUUGUUAAAAUAUCUUUUCUCAAAAAGCGGUCUAAAAAGUUUGAACAGUAAUGUAAAUGUAAAAAAGUUUCUGAAUAAGUUUUAUCUUUUUAUUAAUGAUACUAAAUAUAAGGAAAGUGAUUGAAAUGAAAUGAUGAAGGGUACAUUGUCUUCAAAUACUGGAAUUGCACAUAAUUUGUUGAAGUACAAGAAAUAUUUAUAAACUAUUUUUGAAAAGUGCCAAUUAAGAUAAUAAAAUAUACAAUACAUUUUUUAUAAAUAGUAGAAGGUUGCAAUUUCUGUAUAAAUAGAAGAAAAUUUGUUUAAACUUCUAGAAAUGACCUAUUUAUACUUUUGGAAAUCUUUUUUUAAGAAGAAAAAGAAACGGAAAAUUUUGCUAAUCUUUAAUCUUUUAUUAAGCAAGAACUUAAUAAAUUUGUAAUGUAGAAGUAUGGUUUUCUAAUCAUACUUAAUGCUUAUAUCUUGACAUGUUCAUUUUAGGUAUUUGAGGAAACAUUUUAUUUUUGGAAAUUAUUUGUAAUCUCAUAUUGUGAUUAGUAGAUAUAAAUAGAUACUUAAUACUACUUAAGGAUUUAUUUUGUGUGAUAUUGUACACUAAAUAUAAAAAAUUACACCUUCCUCGAUUAAUAGGUGGGAUUAACUUUUGAGCAUGUACAAAAUAUUUUUUGUAUAAACUUUAAUACGUACAAAAUAUUUAAGGGAGCUAUUACAAAUAUCUUUAUUUUGAUUGAUGCGUUUUAAGAAAAUUAUUUCUUUUUAUAAGAAGAACUGUGCUUAGCAUUACUUUAGAUAUAAUUUAAGAAAUAUAAUUUAACACUAUGCUAAAGUUUCUGUUCUUUUAAAAAUAUGAUGCAUUUAAAGAUUGAAAUGCGGAAAGGUAUGAUGUAUGAUUGAUGAUAAUAAAGGUAUGAUUAUACAAAUAAAUUAAAUUAUUGUUUGUAGUAAUUUAAAAAGUUAUUAAAAUUUGUGAAAUCAAUUUUUCAUUUUCGGUUAAAUUAUAAUCAUAAUCGUAAAUGUUACAGAUUCCACAUGAUUAAAUUAUUUAAUAUGUAUCCUCAUUGUAACCUUAUAUUGUUAAAUAUAUUUGUAUUUAUAACCUUUUGAGUGCCAAAGAUUAUCGAAAAAAUGUAUGUAUACAAAAAUGUCAAAUUGUGCGAUCGCACUCGAGUGAUUUAUGGUUGUUUAAGUAUUAUAAUCAGGUACUUACAUACUAUCCAAAUUGAAACGAGAAGAAUGAUCGCAUUAUGUAACACUUAAGAUGUUCCAUGCCAACCAAUUUUCGGUAAAAGUUGAAUUUUUUAUUAAAAUCAUUGUCCCCACAGUGCAUGUAAAACAAGUUUAUAAGUGUUAAGAUAAAGAAGUAAGCAUGUACACUAUGUGUAGUACAUAUGGCUUGAAUGGAAAAGUUACGUGAAAAUAGUGUGGCAUGGAAACCGUCAAACGUUUAAAAGUAUUUACAAAUUGAUCAAUUUAAAGCCAAAUUAUUUCUUUAUCUUAAAAGAAUGAUAUUUUAAAAUAAAUUCAUAAAUAUUGAGUUAAAACUUAAGUUUAAUUAUAAGUAUAUUAAGUUUAAUUAUAAGAUUGUAGAAAAGUGUGCAUAUUAAGUUGAGUACUAAGUUCGUUUAUUUAUAAAUGCAAGAUUCGUAGUAAUUAUUGAAAUUUUCGGAUAUAAGCUGUGCUCUAAAAUAUUCCGACAUAUAUUUCAUCAAGAUAGCAGUUAGCUUUAUUACGAAUAAAGAAAGUCUAUUCGAUUUCUGUUCCAUUUGGGUUCAGUGGACUUCUUGCUACAAUGAUGAUGCUAACUAAACGAAACGUCGGAAUAAUUCUUCCAAAAGCUUAUUUAACACGUUCUUUAAAAAAUGUUCGAUUGUUUCGAAAAAUGUCCAUCUCAUGAUUUCAAUGGUUAUGAUAAUUAAACAUAUCAGGUUAAGUUAAGUCCUCCAAGGAUGUAUAUGAUUGUACAUAAUUUAGUAAGUACUUCUGUAUGUAGUAUGUAUUUUGUAAUAGGUAAAGCUUUUCUGAUGAUGAGUGAGUGCAGCAUUAUUUUUGAUAUUUAAUAUUGCUUUAUUUCUGGAAAGAGCAACGUAGGUUUUUAAGAAAUAAACAAAACUAAAAAUUUGUCACAUAUGGUAAAGAUGUAGGUAGUAAAUUUACAAAUAAUGUCUAUUUGAGGGAGUAAAGACAAGUAAAUAAAGCUUAAUGUUAAUCGAAUACAUAUAAUGGUUAAAAAUGAUAUAAGAUAUUAUAAAAUUUUAAAUAUUUAACACAAAUCAUGUUAGUUUCUUGUAUUUAAAGAAAUUGAAGAUCUGUGAUUGAAAUAAUUAAUUGGAACAGAACAAACUAUUUUGGACAGUGUUGAUAAAGGAAAACGCUAAUCUAAACUGCAGUAACAAUCUAAGAAUGUAUUUUUGAUAAAAUUGAGAAAGUGACUUUAUUAUAAUGUUUUAUCAGAAAAGCAGACAAUUACUACUGAUAAAUAUUGUGUAUAAGUUAAUCAUAGGCAAUGAAAAAAGAAAAUUAGCUACCAUUAUUUUUCACUAGAAUAAUGUUACCAAUGCAAUUUGGUUGGAAAUUUUUAUGUUUUGAAUAUGUAUUUAUAUAGAAUUCUGAGAAAAUAUGUCCAUAUCGUUUUAUAAUAGGAAGGAAAGUUUUACAGU